GACACCGUCUCCGUUCGAAGUACUGUAAAGGGCUCAAAGCUUGGAAUUUGGAACAGCGAGCGAAACAGAAGUAGAUGGACGCACUAACAGGAACGGACAUGGAGAGGAACCGCUGCCAGUUCUGGCUUCCCAAGAAAAUCAGAUUCUGCUCCAACACCCCUCUCAACGAUUCCUUGUUCUGUGGCAACCACAGCCCCAGGUCCAAUGGCCAGUGGAUACCCUGCCCACUAGACCCUUCUCACUCCGUACUCAAGGAUAAUCUUGAAGGGCAUGUUAAGAGAUGCCCAUUACUCAAACAAGUUCAAUCCUUGACUCUCCAACCCUUUUACCAAAAGGGCGUCAAUGCUGGCAGAGAUGAAGAAGAAGAGGAUGUGGAUAAUGUAUCUUCAGAAACGAAGAGGGCUGCUCUUUAUAGUAUGAGUGUGCCUGAAUUCUUUGAAUUGAUUGAAAAGAUUGAAUCUGUUCAUGGGUUGAUAUGUAAGGAUAUCCGUGACUCGUAUAAGAUGCCUGAAGCUUGCAAUAUGUGGAUUAAGGGAGAAGUAGAUGGGAAAUUGCCAUUUCAGGAGAAACAUGUUAUGCAACAGGCAUCGAUUCUUGGGAACUUGGAAGAAUUUGGGGUGUUGAGGAAUGAUGUUGGGAGGGAACAAUGUGGCUCUGAGGGUGAAAAAAAUGGUGUCCCUGCAGUGGUUGAGUUUGGAGCAGGGAGAGGAUACUUGACACAAAUGCUUGCAGACUGUUAUGGGAUCGAAAGGGUUUUUCUAGUUGAGAGAAAGUCAUACAAGCUGAAGGCUGAUCGAUCUUUGCGACAGAAAGAGAGCUUGAUAUUAGAGCGUUUGAGAAUUGACAUUGAGGAUUUAAACUUGAAUGCUGUUGAGUCUUUGCAAGGAGUUCCUUACCUGGCUAUUGGUAAACAUCUCUGCGGACCUGCUACAGAUUUGACUCUAAGAUGUUGCCUUGCUGAACAUUCUAGCCCAGAUAAUGUUGAACACUACAGUAGUAAUCAAAAUCUGAGAGGUCUAGCUGUAGCAACAUGUUGCCAUCAUCUUUGCCAGUGGAAGCACUACAUAAAUAAAAAAUAUUUAUCAAAUUUGGGAAUCACCAAGGAAGAAUUCCAUGCAAUUACAUGGUUUACCAGCUGGGCAGUAGAUGCUGAUCAUGGUUCAGAUCUUCCUGAUGUUAUUGAUGCCAAAUUGCAUCUAGAAUUGAUUCAAAAGGAAGCAUGCAGUGGGGAUGCAAACGGAGUUGAAGACAUUACGAGGAACAUGAAAGCAGUUGAAAGGGCGGUCUUAGGGUUUAUGUGCAAGCAGAUUAUCGACAUGGGGAGAUUAACGUGGGUCAAGGAAUGUGGUUUUGAAACACAACUUGUCAGAUAUGUUCCUUCUACUAUCUCUCCGGAAAACCAUUUACUGAUUGCCAGACAUGCUAAUAAUUUUUGAGAUGCCUUGGGGUUUUUCUUCUAUUCGAGGUUGGAUGAUUUCCAUAAAUAUUACAUUCUUUUGCACUCUCAUUCCAGUUUUUAAGGGGCAGAGUUUAGAGAAUAGCAGUUCUUUGGCAGGUGAAUGAGAUACAUGCAGGCAAUCUCAUAUUCAUUUCUUCUA